AUAACGUUUCAGCGAAAGCUCAUCUGAUGUCAAUGACGACCAAAUCAUUCGAACGUAUCUAUUAUGUCAUCAAUGGCGGGGAUUUGAUAAAACGACUAUCAAAACAAUCAUCUUAGACCACUAUUAAACCAUACUGUCAGGUGACAUGGCACAGAUGAGUGCCCAGCGCGGGGGCCAGGUUGCUGCCCAGGAAGUGGAGGAGGAGACGUUUGGACCAAUGCUACUGGCCAGACUGGAGUCCCAUGGAGUCAGUGCGACUGAUAUCAAGAAGUUGGAGGAGGCGGGGUUCUUCACUGUAGAGGCCGUUGCAUAUGCACCCAAGAAGAACUUGCUUGCAAUUAAGGGAAUCAGUGAGGCCAAGGCGGACAAAAUACUGGCUGAGGCCUCAAAGUUGGUGCCUAUGGGUUUCACCACUGCAACAGAAUUCCACCAGAAGCGGUCAGAGAUUAUCCAGGUGACGACCGGAUCAAAGGAGUUGGAUAAACUACUGCAGGGAGGAAUAGAGACAGGAUCCAUUACAGAGAUAUUUGGCGAGUUCCGUACAGGGAAGACACAGAUUUGUCACACUCUGGCAGUCACCUGUCAGUUGCCGAUAGACAUGGGCGGUGGGGAAGGAAAAUGCCUCUACAUCGACACAGAAGGCACAUUUAGGCCUGAACGUUUGCUAGCUGUGUCAGAGAGGUAUGGCCUCUCUGGCAGUGAUGUGUUGGACAAUGUGGCCUAUGCGAGGGCGUACAACAGCGACCACCAAUCACAGCUUCUCAUCCAGGCAGCGGCCAUGAUGGCUGAAUCACGGUACGCCCUCCUGGUAGUGGACAGUGCCACAGCUCUCUAUAGGACAGACUACUCUGGUAGAGGGGAGCUCGCUGCUAGACAGAUGCACCUGGCACGCUUCUUGAGAAUGCUUCUCCGACUAGCAGACGAGUUUGGUGUUGCCGUGGUGAUCACAAACCAGGUGGUGGCACAAGUGGAUGGUGCGGCCAUGUUUUCUGCAGACCCCAAGAAGCCCAUUGGUGGAAACAUUAUCGCACAUGCAUCUACGACAAGACUGAGCCUUCGAAAGGGGCGUGGAGAAACAAGAAUCUGCAAGAUCUACGACUCUCCGUGUCUGCCAGAGGCUGAGGCCAUGUUCGCGAUCAACGCAGACGGAAUUGGGGACGCCAAAGACUGAAACGAUGACAUCCCUGUCUCUUGCAGAGCCUUGCUUAUCAUGCCAUAAGCUAGAAAGUGUUGAUAAGGUCGACGGGUGGAUGUAGACCAACCUAGAUUUUGUUCUGAGGAGCAUGUUGGUUGAUCAAUGGUUAGAACAAGAAUGAGUUUAGAAUGUUCUAAGACAUUGGUUCCUCAAGAUCUGUUUGCAAAUUGUUUUUUGUACGAACUUCAACGAAUUUGAUGUGAGUAUACUAGAGUCGUUUUCUGAGAAAACUGGGCAUAAUGCAUGUGCGUAAAGUGUCGUCCCAGAUGCUGUCCGCACAAGCUAAUCAGGGACGACACUUUCCGCCUAAAUUGGAUUUUUGCUAAGAAGAGACUUCAUUUAAGCGAAAAUUGUCAUAAAAGCGGAAAGUGUCGUCCCUGAUAAGCCUGUGCGGACUGCACAGGCUAAUCUAGGACGACACUUUACGCACAUGCAUUAUGCCCAGUUUUCUCAGAACGCGACUCACUGGAUCUACCAAGGACAUCUGUUUGUCUGUAUAUGUUUACUUGUCUGACAAAGAACUCUAACAACAUACAACACUUAAAUUGCGUCAAUUUUGUCAUUAUUUAUUUUUAUUAUUUUCCUAUAUAAAAAAUGUCUUGUAUUAUUACCCUUUUAAAUUAUCAAUUUCUGUAAUAAAUUAUUACAACGUACUUCAUAUUUCGAUAUUGGGCAUCAGUGGAUAUUCGUGACUACUGUGAGUUUGUUUCUUGUCUUAGCAGAUUUUGAUCAAACUUUACAGGAAUUAUUCUUGUGUAGUCCCACUGUCAAAGUUGUUCAAAUUGCUCUAGUCCAUUGCAGAUUUAGGUUACUAGAGAUAAAAAUAGAUUUUAAAAAUGAAAUCUUCAAAAAUCUCCUCUAAAGCAACAAGGGUCAGUGAUUUCAUGUUUGACUUGUAAGAUUGUCUAGUGGUCCUCCUCUAAGUUUAUUCAAAUAAUGACCCUAAAGUCAAAUUUUGAUCAGCUGUAUGGUGUUUUGUUGUUUUUAUUGAUAGUAAAACUUACAUUUGUUCUUAUAUUAAAUCUGUGUUGUACAUAGUGAAAAACUUGAUGAAAACUGCAGUUGUUACACAAACAUCACAUAAUCUGCACACAGCAGUUUAGUUUCUGCAUGUCUCAGGUCCCCUCUUGUUUUGUUGUCACUCUUGAUCUUUUAUUUUCUGCUAUUGACUUGCCUUCGUUUUAUCUUCAUGACUUUGCUUGAAUAUAUGUAAAAUUUAACCAGUCUCCAGGAAAACCUGGCUGAUAGCAUGUGCGUAAAGUGUUGACCAAGAUUACACCUUUGCAGUCCUCUGGCUAUUGAGGGACACCACUUUCCGCGUACACUGGUGCAGUCCUCUGGCUAUUGAGGGACACCACUUUCCGCGUACACUGGAUUUGUAUUUAGAAUGGACUUCCUUUAUGUUGAAAACUCCAUACAUGUUGAAAGUGUCACUUGAUUAGCCUCUGGGGACUGUGCAGGCUAAACUGACAAGAUGCUUUGCAUUACAUGAAUUAACCCUUUCCCAUUCAGAAGCAAAGUGAAAAUGGCUAUGUGCAAACAGCAUUAAACCAGAAUAGCCUGCGAGUAACUCGCAGUCUGUUAAGGUUUUAUGCUGUUUGCUGCGCAUCAGUAUCUAACGGUUGGAAAUGAAGCCCUAUGUGCAAACAGCAUUAAACCAGAACAGCCUGCGAGUAACUCGCAGUCUGUUAAGGUUUUAUGCUGUUUGCUGCUCAUCAGUAUCCAAGGGUUGGAAAUAAAGCCUUUAAAACUUGAAUCUGGUAAGAAAGGCCUUUUAUUAAAUUUAACUUUCUUAGCGACCACAAAUGCAUCAGAAUAAAUAUCUUAAUGGUAAAGGGUUAAAUAAAUUUCUAAGUGGUAAUGGGUUAAAUACGUAUGUAAGUGGUAAAGGGUUAAAUACGUAUCUAAGUGGUAAAGGGUUAAAUACGUAUCUAAGGGUAAAGGGUUAAAUACGUAUGUAAGUGGUAAAGGGUUAAAUACGUAUCUAAGUGGUAAAGGGUUAAAUACGUAUCUAAGUGAUAAAGGGUUAGAUUCGUAUCUAAGUGGUAAAGGGUUUAAUACGUAUCUAAGUGAUAAAGGGUUAAAUACGUAUCAAAGUGUAUAAGGGUUAAAUACGUAUCUAAGUGGUAAAGGGUUAAGCCAGGUUUACCCCGAGACCAGCCAAUAUAUGUUUUCUCAACAAGAUUAUGUGAAUGAUGUUUAUGUGUUGUUCACCUCUGUAAAAUAUUAUGCAUAUGUCCUUCAAAAUAUCAUAAAACAUCAGUUUACAGUGUCAUACUGCUGUAAACAUAUUGUCAUCAUGUUUUCUAAAAUGUUUAUUAAUUUUGUGUUUAGUUUUUAUACGCCCGUCUAUGACGGGACGUAUUAUGGUAUACCCCGCGUCCGUCUGUCCGUCCGUCUGUCCGUCCGUCUGUCCGUCCGUCGUCCGUCCGUCUGUCCGUCCGUCCGUCCGUCCGUCUGUUAAUGUCGUACGCUACGUCAAAUAUCCUUUGACAGAUUUUCUUCAAAUUUUAACACAAUCUUAAUAUUGAUAAACCCUGAUCCCCUUUCGUUUUUGACGGAAUUCUGAAUUGUCGUUCCAGAGUUAUGGGACUUUGUUCGUCAAAAUUUCGUGAUUUCAUUGAAUGUCCUACUGUAGCUCAAAUAUCCUUCGAUGGAUUUUUUUCAAAUUUCAACACAAUCUUAAUAUUGAUAAACCCUGAUCCCCUUUCGUUUUUGACGGAAUUCUGAAUUGUCGUUCCAGAGUUAUGGGACUUUGUUCGUCAAAAUUUCGUGAUUUCAUUGAAUGUCCUACCGUAGCUCAAAUAUCCUUCGAUGGAUUUUUUUCAAAUUUUAACACAAUCUUAAUAUUCAUAAACCCUGAUCCCCUUUCAUUUUUGACGGAAUUCUGAAUUGUCGUUCCAGAGUUAUGCGACUUUGUUCGUCAAAAUUUCGUGAUUUCAUUAAAUAAACUGAAGUAAAAAAAUGAUUCAAAGGGUUAUUUAUUACCUUACUACUUCAUUGGCGAACGACGGGCGUAUCAUGCGCUCAUGGCGCAGCAGUUUAUUAGUUUAUCUUUGUUGACCUAUAUUACUACUUUACAUUUUCUAUACUGUAAAGUUUGUAUGUAUGAACUAUGCUUAUGUUUGAAAUUUGAAAUAAAUUGUGUACACAAUGUAUAUCUAAGUACAAUGGCGGUGUUUAAAUAUGUAGAUAUUGAGUAAUUAUCCCGCGCCAUAGGUGGAGGGAUAUUGUUUUGGCGUUGUCUGUCCGUCCGUCUUUCCGUCCGUCUGGCACUCUUGUGUCCGGAGCCAUAUCUUGGAAUUGUUUUGGUGGAUUUCAUUGAAACUUGGUAUGAGUAUAUAUAUGGAUAAGAGGAUGAUGCACGCCAAAUGGAAUUGUACAUCUGUUAAUAACGGAGUUAUGGCCCUUUUUAUCUUGAUAAAAUGCUUUUUUGAGUGUCAAAUAUAACACUUUUGUGUCCAGAAGCAUAUUGGCGGGGGAUAUCAAUUCAACGAAUUUGCUGGUUUUCUUUAUACUCAAGAUCCUAUGGUCCUUUUUUCACAUAUACUGUAAUAACAUGACUUUGUUUACUGUUGAAUAAACCACAGUAGAAGCACA